AUGGACGUUGACUCGUGGGCUUCCAGGGUUCAAGCAGCCAAGAGCCUCUCUGCUGCCCAUGCUGCUCGGCUUCACUAUGAUAAUCAUAUGGCUUCGGAAGAUUCUGAAGGAGAUGACGAUGCAAAAUCUUGUUUUCCAUGCCCUUUCUGUUAUGUGGAUGUUGAAGUCCCAAUGCUCUGCAGCCACUUGGAGGAAGAACACUGCUUUGACUUUAAAAAUGCAGUUUGUCCUAUGUGUGCAGCGAAUCUAGGGAAAGAUGUAGUUGGACAUUUUAUGGUGCACCAUGCAAGCUCCUUCAAGCACAGGAGAAAAUCUCAAAAAACGGGUUUGUGGACUGGUAGUUCAGCAAUGCUUGGAAAGGCGCUGCUGAAGAAUGGAAGGGCAUCUGCACAUGAAUCUGCACCUGAUCCUCUCCUCUCACCAUUUAUCUGCAAUAUAUCUUUUUCAGACCCUACUGGUAUUCCAGAAGAUAUUUGUUCUGAUAUCAAUGCCCCUAUCACUUCCAGCUUGAAAAGUGCUAAGUCAUCUUCACCAGAUGAAGGCUGUGAAAAGGAUAAAGAAGAGCGAAGGCAGAGAGCGGCUUUUGUGCAACAGUUGAUUACAUCAACCGUAUUCUUGGAUCUAUGA